AUGAAGCUGUGUGAAACCUACUGUGGCACCUGGUCCUAUGCAGCACCUGAAGUUUUGAAGGGCAUUCCAUACAACCCCAAAGUAUCUGAUGUGUGGAGUAUGGGUGUUGUGAUGUAUAUGAUGCUUUAUGCAGUGAAUCCCUAUGAUACCAGCAAUAUUACAAGGCAGAUGGAACUUCAAAUGCAGCGCAACACUAACCUUCCAGACACACCAGGGGUUUCAUCUGAAGCAAAGGACCUUAUCCAGAGCAUUCUGCACCCUGAUGUGGACCAGCGUAUCACAAUCAGCAACAUCUUACAUAGCUCUUGGAUAGUAAGGAAAGGACUAAUGGAGGACAGCAAUGAGGCACCUGCAGCAGGUGCUGGCUAUGAACAGGAAGAACCACUACAUGAAAAGGCCAUAGAGGAAGAGGGGGACCCAAGAGACAGCUUAGAUCCAGGGGAAGGACCAUCAACUGCCCAAGACACUGACCGUCACUAA